UUCAACAAUAUGGUGAUAUCAAUAUGUACCCAAGGACUGCCACUUGCAAGGAUCCCAAUACAGUGCUACCUAAACUCCUCAUCCAAAAUAACCUUAAGAUCCCAAAAGACACACUCAAUGCCACCAGAGAAAAUAGAAGUGUUCAAGUCACUAGAGAAAUGGGCAUUGCAAAGUGUUCUGCCACUAAUCAAACCAGUUGAGGAGAGCUGGCGACCCCAUGACUUAUUGCCAGACUCAACACUGUCGUCAGAUGAGUUCAUCGAUCAAGUGAAGGCCUUAAGGGAUCGAACAAACGAGCUUUCAGACGAUUAUCUCGUGGCUUUGGCGGGUAGCAUGAUCACUGAGGAAGCAUUACCUACAUACCAAACAUGGAUAAACAAGUUGGAUGGGGUUAGGGAUGAAAGUGGUUCAAGUCUCUCACCAUGGGCUAUAUGGUCACGUUCUUGGACCGCUGAAGAGAAUAGACAUGGAUAUUUACUCAAAACUUAUCUCUAUCUCUCUGGUCGAGUUGAUAUGCACAUGAUUGAGAAGACCAUUCAUUAUUUGAUUGGAGCUGGCAUGGAUUGGGCUACUGAAAACAACCCAUACAUGGGCUUUGUGUACACAUCCUUCCAAGAGCGCGCCACAUUUGUGUCACACUGCAACCUAGCUAGGUUGGCUAAAGAGAGAGGUGAUCUGAUACUUGCACGCAUAUGUGGAACCAUUGCCGCAGAUGAAAAGCGCCAUGAAAACGCAUAUGUGAGAAUUGUGGAAAAGCUUCUAGAAGUGGACCCCACAGAGACUAUGAUGGCCAUAUCAAAUAUGAUGUGUAACAAGAUUACGAUGCCCGCACACUUGAUGCAUGAUGGACAAGAUCCAUACCUCUUCGAUCAUUUUUCAGUUGUGGCACAACGUAUUGGGAUGUACACGACCAAUGAGUACGCUGAUAUAUUAGAGUUUUUGGUCGGACGAUGGAAACUGGAGAAGCUUGAUGGUUUGACAAGUGAGGGACAACGUGCACAAGAGUUUGUGUGUGAACUUGCACCUAGAAUAAGGAGAAUACAAGCACGUGUUGAUGAGCGAACAAGCAAGAUCAACCACAAAUUCACCUGGAUCUUCAAUAAAGAAGUGUCAUUGUGAAGAUUUACUGCCUUCCCUAAAUGUUUGUUGUGAAUGAUAGCACGAUUAAAUAAGUUAUAGUAAAUGCAGCUAUUUUUCUUAGAACAACA